AAUACUUCAGCAGAAGCUCACAUAUUUUUAGUUUGUUGAAGUUCGUGACUGCUUCACUCUCUCAUUCUUAGCUUGAAUUUGGAAAUGACUUUUGAUGACCUAAAGAUCCAGACUGUGAAGGACCAGCCUGAUGAGAAGUCAAAUGGAAAAAAAGCUAAAGGUCUUCAGUUUCUUUACUCUCCAUGGUGGUGCCUGGCUGCUGCGACUCUAGGGGUCCUUUGCCUGGGAUUAGUAGUGACCAUUAUGGUGCUGGGCAUGCAAUUAUCCCAGGUGUCUGACCUCCUAACACAAGAGCAAGCAAACCUAACUCACCAGAAAAAGAAACUGGAGGGACAGAUCUCAGCCCGGCAACAAGCAGAAGAAGCUUCACAGGAGUCACAAAACGAACUCAAGGAAAUGAUAGAAACCCUUGCUCGGAAGCUGAAUGAGAAAUCCAAAGAGCAAAUGGAACUUCACCACCAGAAUCUGAAUCUCCAAGAAACACUGAAGAGAGUAGCAAAUUGUUCAGCUCCUUGUCCGCAAGACUGGAUCUGGCAUGGAGAAAACUGUUACCUAUUUUCCUCGGGCUCAUUUAACUGGGAAAAGAGCCAAGAGAAGUGCUUGUCUUUGGAUGCCAAGUUGCUGAAAAUUAAUAGCACAGCUGAUCUGGACUUCAUCCAGCAAGCAAUUUCCUAUUCCAGUUUUCCAUUCUGGAUGGGGCUGUCUCGGAGGAACCCCAGCUACCCAUGGCUCUGGGAGGACGGUUCUCCUUUGAUGCCCCACUUAUUUAGAGUCCGAGGUGCUGUUUCCCAGACAUACCCUUCAGGUACCUGUGCAUAUAUACAACGAGGAGCUGUUUAUGCGGAAAACUGCAUUUUAGCUGCCUUCAGUAUAUGUCAGAAGAAGGCAAACCUAAGAGCACAGUGAAUUUGAAGGCUCUGGAAGAAAAGAAAAAAGUCUUUGAGCUUUAUUCUGGAAUUUAAGCUAUUCUUUGUCACUUGGGUGCCAAACAUGAGAGCCCAGAAAACUGUCAUUUAGCUGGCUGCAGAACUCCUUUGCAGAAACUGGGGUUCCAGGUGCCUGGCACCUUUAUGUCAAAACAUUUUUGAUUCUAGCUAUCUGUAUUAUUUCACCUAGCUUGUCCCAAGCUUCCCUGCCAGCCUGAAGUCCAUUUUCCCCUUUUUAUUUUAAAAUUUGACUCCUCUUCAAGCUUGAAAACCCUCUGAACUCAGUCUUCUUUACCUCAUUAUCACCUUCCCCUCACACUCCUAAAAUUGCAUAAAAGACAGAACAUGGAGAACUUGCUCAAGUGCAGGCAGAGAGCAAAAAGGGGAAAUAUUUCUGGGAAAAAGUGCACAUGAAGAAACAAAGAAGGACAGAGGCCAUUCCGAAAUCAAGAAACUCAUGUUCUUAACUUUAAAAAAGAUAUCAAUCCUUGGUUUUUAAACUGUGGUCCAUCUCCAGACUCUACCACUUACAGACAGACAGACAGACACACACACACACACACACACACACACAUUUUGGGGCAAGAGGGGAGCCCAAGAAAGUAAUUAGUAAGUGAGUGGUCUUUUCUGUAAGCUAAUCCACAACCUGUUACCACUUCCUGAAUCAGUUAUUAUUUCUUCAUUUUUUUUCUACCAGAGAACAGAUUAAUAGCUUUAACCCUUCACAACAGUUCUUGUUAGAAUCAUGGGAUGUGUGGCCCAGAGGUAAGAAUAGAAUUUCUUUCCCUAAAGAACAUACCUUUUGUAGAUGAACUCUUCUCAACUCUGUUUUGCUAUGCUAUAAUUCCGAAACAUACAAGACAAAAAAAAUGAAGACACUCAAUCUAGAACAAACUGAGCCAGGUAUGCAAAUAUUGCUGAAUAGAAACAGAUGGAAUUAGAAAUAUAUCUUCUAUUUUUAGGCUUCUAUUUCCUUUCCACCCACUCUUCACAGGCUAUUCUACUUUAAAGGAAGCCUUUUUAUUUUGCUGCACACAAUCUAGCAGGAAUCUUUUUUUUUUUUUUAAGAGCUGUGUCAUCCUUAUGUAGGCAAGAGAUGUUUGCUUUUGUUAAAAGCUUUAUUGAGAUAUAAUUAACAUAAAAUAAACUGAACAUAUUUAAAGUGUACUAUUUGAUAAGUUUUCACAGCUUGUGGAGAACAUGCAUACUACAAUUAAGAGAGUGAAUAUAUCCAUCAUCCCUCAAAGUGUCACAAUGCUCCUCCUGAUGACUCCUCCCCAGAAAACCACCAAUCGGCUUUCAUUUUGCAUUUUGUAGAGUUUUAUGUGAAUGGAAUCAUAUAGUAUGUCUUUUUUUUUUGUCUGGCUUCUUUCACUUUGCAUAAUUAUUUUGAGAUUCAUAUGUCUCCAUCUUGAUGCUUGUAUGAAUUCAUUCUUUUAAAUGUUGAAUAUUCCCUUGUAUGGAUAUACCACAAUUCGUUUACCCAUUUACUUGUUGAUGACAUUUGGGUUGUUUUAGUUUUGGGAUAUUACAAAUAAAGCUGCUGUGAACAUUUGUGUACAA